AUGAACAACUCCGUAACAUGGACAGUUCUCAGGCGCUCAUUGAGAGCUGGGGCUAUCUUCAAAGAGCCUGUCCGCCAAGAUGCAAGAUUUUGGUCAAGGAGCCUGAGCGGAGGAGGAGCUAGGUCGGCGCAGCGAAUGAAAAACACUAUGGGAGUCUUCCCGGCGCUCGGGCUCGCAGGAGCUGGGAUAGGAGCCGGUACAGCGGGAUACCUCUUCUCACGAUGGACCGACGAAUCCUCUUCAUCCACGCAAAGCCUCACUGAUGGACCACGGAUUCAGCACGAUCUCUCUUCCACAAACAUAAGAGAAGCUUGUAAGGAAUUCUCCAGCAUCGUGGGAGCAGAGAACGUAUCAACAGUGGCCGCUGACUUGUUGUCUCAUUCGGGUUCUGAUUAUCAGUCAUACGCAUGGACCGAGGAGACAGCAACGCCAGGCCAGGUUGUCGUGUAUCCUGCCACCACGGAAGAGGUGGCGGAAAUCGUCAAAGUAUGUCACCGCCGCCGAAUACCGGUGACGCCGUAUUCUGGGGGUACGUCCAUCGAAGGUCAAUAUAUCCCCACCAUGGGUGGUGUGUGUAUCGACUUUACCCGAAUGGAUCAGGUGCUCGAGCUCAAUCCGAUUGACCUCGAUUGCACGGUUCAGCCAGGCAUUCGCUGGAUGGAUUUGAACCAGGAACUGGAAGAGAAGAAUCUCUUCUUCCCACCGGAUCCCGGCCCCGGUGCCAUGAUUGGUGGAAUGGUUGGAACGGGAUGCUCAGGAACAAAUGCCGCAGCCUAUGGGACCAUGAAAGACUGGGUGCUUUCACUCACCGUCGUACUUGCUGACGGCACAGUGGUGAAAACUAGACAGAGGCCUAGGAAAUCUAGCGCGGGCUAUGACCUCACGAGGAUUAUCAUUGGCAGUGAAGGAACACUUGGGUUGGUAACAGAGGCGACAUUGAAGUUGGCGGUGAAGCCAAAGUGCGAGGUCGUUGCCGUCUGCACCUUUCCUUCUGUCAGACAUGCCGCCUCAGCAGCUCAGGAAGUCAUCUCUCGCGGGAUCCAAGUCGCCGCCGUCGAGAUUCUGGACGAUGUACAGAUGCGAAGUCUUAACGAAGCGGCCCUGACGAAACGCAAAUGGUCUGAACAGCCUAGUCUCUUCUUCAAGUUUACCGGUAGCUCUGACCUUAUGGUUGAAGACACUGCGAAGCUGGUGGGCGAAAUCUCAAAAGAUAACGGCUCGACAUCGUAUUGUUUCGCCGGUGAUGAGGCUGAACGAGAGGAGUUGUGGUCGGCGAGGAAGAAUGCUCUCUGGUCAAUGAUGGCUUUACGGCAGUCACCUACAGACAAAGUCUGGACUACCGACGUCGCCGUUCCCAUGAGUCGCCUGCCAGAUCUUAUCGAAGAGACAAAGGCCGAUAUUGUGGGCUCCGGACUCCUGGGCUCGAUAGUUGGACAUGUUGGCGACGGCAACUUUCACUCUUUGCUCCUGUUUCCCGAAGGUAAGCGCCCUGUCGCCGAAGGAGUAGUCCACAGGAUGGUCGAGAGGGCGAUAGAGAUGCAAGGCACUGCGACAGGAGAACACGGCGUUGGCCUUGUGAAAAGAGAUUAUCUGGAAAAGGAAUUGGGCAAGCCAGCAGUCGAUAUGAUGCGUCGCUUGAAGAGUGCUCUCGAUCCACGAUGUAUAUUCAACUGCGAUAAGAUUGUUCGGAUGGAGCCAUCAGGGUAG